AUGUAUCAACAACAACAACCAAAACAUUUACAAGCAAUCAAAGAAGUAUUAUUUCAUAACAAAUAUCUGUUUUUAAAGAUAUUGAAAUAUAUUAGAAGAGAUGUGAUGGUGAGAGGAGCGUUGGUGCCGCCACCGCCGCCGACGAUCAUAAAUCAUGACUUUGUCAAAGGAGCUGCGCUGGUAGAGCCACCAAAGAGAUACUUGGAGUUGACGUACAGUGUAUCAUUCCUAGUCAACAACAAAUACUAUGGUACACUAAUCGAUAUAAUCAAAUGUAAUAGAUUGGCAAGUGAUGCAUUGAGUGUCGGUGGACACUUGGCUCAAGUAGAUGAUCACAAUGCAAUGAAGAGAUUGAUCGAUUUGUUAUAUCAACCAUUCAAAUCACACUUUACAAUCAAUAUAAAGAAUACUGUAACCAAAGACUUGGAAAAGAUUAAAAACUUUCUCUAUCUACUUGUAUCACAUCAUGGUAAUAUCAAGGUAUGGAGAGUUGUAUGUGACUUUAUAAAUACAAACGGAUUAGUUCAAGAUAAAGGGAAAUCGUCAAAGAAAGAGAAGAGUAAUAUUACAAGUAUCAUGCAAUUAAUGUUUGCAAAUCGUUCAGAUGGAUACUUUGCAGAGAUACUACGUCAAGCAGUUUUAUUUAAUCGGUUGGAUAUUGUGGUCGAUAUUGUACAAGAUGUUGGUGCUGACCGUAUCAUCAAGUAUUAUACCAACCCUUUGAAAAGGAUGUUUCUACCCAAGAACCAAGUACUCGAGUUUAAACCAGAGUUGGCUGAUCCCGAGACACUGACAUAUCUCUACAAUACCUUUGGUGAUACAUUAUUCUCAACAAUAUUGUUCCCAACCACCACCAUGACGAUGACGGCUCUCCUCAUGACAUACAACAUUGAUAUCAUUCAAAAGAAUCUACAUCGAUUCAGUCACAACAAGGAAGAGUUUUAUAAAUCAUUCAAAGUUACACUCAACCACUUUUUCACCUUUGUCGUUGGUAACCAAUACAUUCAAGAAAGUAUUGGUAAUAGUAGAAUCAAAUCAUUGUAUGAUUGUUCAUUGGUCAUUAUGAAUCAUCUGCAUUUUGAUUUAACCCUUAUACACAAGACUGCUUCACACCUCUUUCCACCAUCCACCACUACGAUGGUCACUGAAUGGUACCAGGUGAUCGUAUUAUUCGAACUAUUUCAAUUGACCAUCGAUAUCUAUUCAAUGGAUAGAGAUAUAUUAUGUCGCAUGGUUUCCCAAUUUGGUAAUAGCCAAAAUUGUAAUCAAAAUAUUGCAAAUUAUAUGGUUGAUAAAUGUGGAUUCAAUUCAGUGUGUAAAAGUGGAUCACUUUUAUUGGUUAGUUUAGCAUAUCAAUACGUACAACUACGAGUACUAGUAACACCAGCAUCAUCAUCUAAUUUUCAUCUAAUUAGUUUAUCAUCCAACGACCUACAAGUAUUACAAUUCCUAUUUCCAAUUGUAAAAGAUCAAUUGCACUCUUCCUCUUCCUCUUCUUCUUUUAAUCAAUACAACAAUGAAUUAUAUUAUGAAAAUCAGUAUUGUAUAAAUGAUAGAAUUGCAAAAGGUAAACCUCAAUGGGAUGUAAUUGAUUAUUUGGCAUUGGAGUCAGAUUCAAGUUGUCGGUUUAUAGUAUCGGGAGCGUCUAUUACUAGAUUGCUGUGGAAUGGUUCAUUUGCAGCGGUUGACAAACUCAUAGGUGAUGACGGUCUAAUUGCCAACUAUAUUAUUCCUAGUCAAGAGGUAGAUGUAAAUAGUGCUAGAAUGGCAAAAUACUUUAAAAGAGAACAGAUCAUACCAAACUUUGGUGACAAUAUUAAAAAGAAUCUAGAGUUGGUAUCAUACAUGAUCAAUGUAUAUGAAAAUCAACUACCUCUACCAGUUUUCAAUAUCAUGUUGAAAUAUGCAGUCUAUUGUGGUGACAUGAAUACAAUAGAUCGUAUUUGGGGAUACUCUAAUCAAUUUAUUGAUCAACAACAAAAUAACCAACAACCAAUUAUGGUACAAUUGGAUCCACUCAUUAAAGAAUUAAAACUAUCAACCAUUUUUGAAUUGGUUGAAAGAUCCAUACCACUUUACAUAUCAUCACCCGAUAGCUGGAAGAUUGUUGGUCAAUACGGACAUGUAUCAUGGAUAGAAGAUCUAUUAUUAAAGUACACCAUUCCACAUCAAUCAAACAAUGGUGAACCUUGUGAUACCACAAUUAAAAGUGAAUAUAUUACCAAACUAUUAGAUGGUCUAAAAUACAAUACAGAUCACAAAGAUUCGAUCAUUGGGUAUCUUUGGGAACACGAAAAAUUCGAUAAUCAUAAAUCAAAAAUUAAAUUAUUUAUGUCUAAAUAA